AUGUGUGGGAAGAGGUCCAAGUGUUCAUUCUCCCGCCUGGAGGUGAUCCUCAUCGUUUGCCUGGCAUUGAUGAUAGCCGUGACGGUGGUGCUCCUCGUCCUCCACUUUCUCACCCAAGAGAGAAACGUUCUUGGAGGAGGAGGUGGAGGAAUGGUAGUUUUAGGGGUAGCCCUGCUCACUCGUGGCAUUUUAAACAGGAGAAAUGCCCUGUGGUCAGUCUGUGGCCGGUAUUCCAGUGAAGUAAUAGCAAACUACUUACUGGGCGUAGGUCGAGCUGACUGCACGGGACCUGUGGCAGAAAUUCCUCUGAUGGGAUAUGCCAAGCCGGAGCAGGUGGGCGGUGGGCUUCUCAUGCGCCUCUACAGCCGAGCCUUCAUUGUGGCAGAACUUGAUGACACCAGGCGAGUAGUGUUUGUCAGCGCUGACAUAGGAAUGGUGUCUCAGAGGCUGAGGCUGGAGGUGCUCAAGAAACUGAAGAACAAAUAUGGUGAGUUGUACCGACAGGACAACGUCAUCCUCAGCGGCACCCACACACACUCGGGGCCUGGUGGGUACUUCCAGUACACCCUCUUCUGGAUCACUAGCAAAGGGCUAAUCAGACCGUCCCUCAACGCUAUUGUGAAUGGCAUCGUAAAGAGCAUUGAUAUAGCACAUCAGAACAUGAAGAGAGGAAGGCUUUUUAUAAACCGAGGCACUGUAGAAAACAGCCAGAUCAACCGCAGCCCUUUCUCCUAUCUUGAGAAUCCAGCAUCCGAGCGAAGAAGGUAUUCAUCCAACACGGAUAAAGAAAUGGUGAUGCUGAAGAUGGUAGAUGAGAGUGGAGAGGGGAUAGGUCUCAUCAGCUGGUUUGCUGUGCACCCCGUCAGCAUGAACAACACAAACCACCUUGUGAACAGCGACAACAUGGGCUACGCGUCUUACUUGUUUGAGCAGGAGGAGAACAAGGGGAUGCUUCCUGGAGAGGGUCCUUUUGUGGCUGCCUUUGCAUCCUCCAACUUGGGAGACGUGUCGCCCAACACCAAAGGCCCGUUCUGCGCAAACACGGGGGAGUCGUGCAACAACCCGCAGAGCACCUGUCCCACUGGGGGGGCAACGAUGUGCAUGGCCAUGGGUCCCGGCAAUGACAUGUUUGACAGCACAAGAAUUAUAGGGCAAAAUAUCUACUUGAAAGCAAGGGAGCUGUAUGAAAAAGCGUCCCAGGAGGUCAGAGGAUCCCUCAGCUCAGCUCACCAGUGGGUGAACAUGAGUGAUGUCUCGGUGGAGCUCAAUGCCACGCACAAGGUUAAAACGUGUAAACCAGCCUUAGGACACAGUUUUGCUGCAGGGACUAUUGAUGGGCCGGGGGCUUUCAACUUCACACAAGGCUCAGUAGAAGGGGACCCGUUUUGGGAUGAAAUCCGGGACCAACUGCUGGGAGAGCCAUCCAAUGAAACAAAAGACUGCCACAAACCCAAGCCAAUCCUCUUUAGCACUGGAGAGAUGACCCGGCCUCACCCCUGGCAUCCUGACAUUGUGGAUGUUCAGAUUGCUGCCAUUGGAUCGCUGGCAAUCAUCGCUGUUCCCGGAGAGUUCACGACCAUGUCUGGACGCAGGCUACGGGAAGCUGUUAAAAAAGAAUUUGAUUCUCAUGGCACACCAAGAAUGAAUGUCGUAAUUGCAGGUCUGUGCAAUGUCUAUACCCAUUACAUUACUACCUAUGAAGAAUACCAGGUUCAACGAUAUGAGGCUGCAUCAACUAUUUAUGGGCCGCACACCCUUUCUGCUUAUAUUCAACUCUACAGAGGACUUGCAAGGGCUAUUGCUACGAAUACAGUUCAGGAUUUGCCACGUGGUCCAGAGCCCCCAGUUUUCAAUAUAGGUAACAUGACCUUGGUGCCUCCCCUCACUGCUGAUCGUGUGACGGCGAAUAAGACAUUUGGAGAUGUGCUACAAGAAGUGAGACAACAGUAUCAAGUGAGAGAAGUUGCUGAAGUAACUUUCAUAGGUGCGAACCCCAGGAACUCUGCAGAGAAUGUGACUGAACAUAACUUCCUGACGGUGGAGAGAUACUUCAGCACUUCAGACAGCUGGCAUGUCAUACAGAACGAUGCCUCCUGGGACACCAG